AUGUCCUUUCGCAGCUCUAGCUCUUCGCCGGACAUUCUUGGGCCACCUGGCGACGUCGAAUAUUUGGUUUCCUCCCCGUUCAAGCCGUUCCCCGGGCGCCAAAGCGUCAUGUCGCCUGCAAAUUUCAAACUCCUUCAAACGCCGCGCUUCGCCAAAAGCAGAAGGCGCAUCAGCUUGAGUCCUACAAAAAGUUCGCAUUCUAUCCGCUUCGACGAUGUGGUGCUCCCCGGGUCUCCGUCAAGGACAAUGAGCGGUCGGCAAAAACCCUUUUCCCCUGAAAUGGUGCAGCCCGACGGGAACGUGAGUCCGUGGAGGAUUCGGGUGACAUUGGAGGCAACACAAGACGAGGAAAUGAACCAAGGCAGCCCUUCGCGCAAACGCCCCCGGAAUUCUGCCAUGACAACCAAAGUGCCGCUGAAGGAUGAAGCAGACACCAUGGAGCAGACCCCCAGAAAACGCCGCGGCGCCCGAGGAAGCGCAAGUGCGCAAAAGAGGAAGCGAGGAAGACCUAGGAAAUAUCUUCCGGCGCCGGAAGACAACAUUGGCGCGCAGGUGGCAAACAGUCAAAUAGCUGAGCCAUCUGUUGUCGAGCCCGAGCCAAGUUGGGAUCCCCUGAACCUUGCUGCAGAUGGGGAAUCUGACGACGGCUUGCCGGAUGAUCAAGGCUAUGCGGAGCCCUUUGAGGGUGACGUUCAGAUGGAGCAACUUGAUAAUAACCCGCAGGAUCAGAGUCAUCAAUCUGAAUAUGAGCGUACUUACGAUACGCCAAAUGUCGAUUAUAUGGAUGAUGCUUAUAUGCAAAAUGACGAGAAUAUACAUUCAACACCAUCAAAGAUGCCUUCCCCUUCUCGGGAGAGCCAGAUUAUCUCUCCGGAUAACACCAUAUACGCUGGUCGUACGCCUAGACCGGCUCGUCUCUAUCCCACCCCAACAUCCUCAUCAUUAGUAGAUGAGGAGAGACAAGACCGAGGGGCACAAAGCUCAGUUUCGCGUAAUCGCUUCCGCGAAAGCGGAGUUCAUGCUACAAACGACCCUACAGAUGAACACAGAGAAUUUGAUUCUAUAAUGGAGAGUGAAGGGUUCAGCAUGGUUUCACUGGAUACAUUGCCGUCGGCUAAACAACAUGGACUCAGCGCCAGCUCUCAAGUGGCAAAGGGCGCCUUAAAGCCGUUUCUGGAGCGAGAAAGUAACGGUGUCUUGAGAAGGAAAUCCUCCAUCCGAAAUCAGGCCAAUGAAGAAGAUGCUGGUCUAAUAACACAGGCCGAACCAUCGACUCUGGCACAAGAGAAGGGUACUGUGGACUUCAGGCACGCUAGGACAUACCCCCCCCCUACUUCGCCAGCCCCUGUUCCGGUUCAAACCUCUACUAGAGGACAGCGACGACCGAUGGCUAGGUUGGUGAGGUUAGUCCGUGUGGGUAUUGCCCUCGAGAGCGCGCUAAGGCGUCCGUAUGACCGGGGAUAUCCCCGGGGUCUCCUGUCAAGUCCGGAUAUACAUGAGUCGCAAGAACAGAUAUCCAGCUUAGAGACUUCUAGGAAACGACUAGAGCUGCUCUUCGGCGAAUUCGAUUCAGAAAUACAACGUGACUUACAGUCGGCCUUGAAAUUUGGCCAAGAGCUCGCGAAGAGACGAGUGCAGGCAGAGAUCGAGAACGUAAGAAAAGUCUCUGAGAUGGAAACUAUCGCAGAAACCACGCCAAAAGGCUGA